AUGCAAAGACCAUCAUUAAUUGAUGAUGAUGAUGAUGAUCAUACUAAUAAUAAGAGUGGAAAACAAUUGCUAUCAAGAAGUCUUACAUUUGAUAGUGAACCAUUAAAACAAAAACGAAUAAAAAGACUAAGUCGACCAUCACCAACUAUAAUUGAACAACAAUCACAAUGUUUAAGUCGAAGUUUACUUAGUAAUGAUAAUUGGUGGCAAGAGACAAUGGCUGAUGUUCGUGUUAAUGCUAAAGUGAUUGAACAAAGUAUUGAUUCUUUACCAUGUGUGCAUGAAAUGCUUAAUGAAUUGAGUAAUACAAAAGCUUUUCUUUAUGCUCGACAAUGUCGUGUUGUUAUUGCUAAAUUACGUUUAUGUUGGAGUGAUGUUAAUGAAGAAAUAAAAUCAUUAUUAAAACAUAAAGAAUAUACAGAAGCAACUAUUGAACAUAUUCGAAAAGAUUUAAUAAAACUUGAUGAAGUUCGUCAACGUGUAACUAAAAUUGGUACAGAACAAUCAGUAGUUACAGAUCUUAUAUAUCAAUGUUUAAUAAAUGCGUCGAGAACAUUUGAAUUGGCUCGUUUUGAAAAGUGA